AUGGCCGCGCCCGGUCUCGCACCCCCAGGACCUGACAGCUUCAAGCUGUUCACCCCCGAGUCGCUCCUUACUAUCGAGGAGCGCCAAUUCCAGGAGAAGAUCAAGAAAAAGCCCAAGCCCAAGUCUGACAGCAGUCACCGCGAGGAAGAAGAGGAAGAACCCAUGCCCAAUGGUGAUCUGGAGGCGGGGAAGUCCCUCCCUUUCAUCUACGGGGACAUCCCUAAUGGGCUGGUGGCGGUACCACUGGAGGACUUGGACCCUUAUUAUAUGAAUGAGAAAGAAAUGCCCCUUACCAUCUCUCCCCCCGAGAUAGAUGGCUCAGCCGUCAGCACGGCCAAGUCAUUCAAAUUCCUGGGCAGCAUCUCCCACAACAUCACAGCGGUCACCAAGAAGUAUCAACAGAGGAUGCACUAUCUGCACCAGCUGAGGAAACUCAAACUGUCUCUGACAAUUCUUGUUCGGUUCUACACGUCCAUCAUUGAGUCCAUUCUUACCUCUUCUAUCACCGUUUGGUUUGGAUCUGUGUCUGCCUGCUACUAG